CUCGGGUGGGCCCAGUGUUGCUUCCGACCGCCCACCUGCACGGCUGCAGGCCGAGCGGCCUGCGCUAACGUUCGAUGGGCGGAACCUGCCUGACGUACGGUUGUUGCCUGAAGACUUGCACUGUGGUCGCGUGCAUCUACGUGCUCCUCCUCCAGGGGAUCGGCGACAUUGCAGAUAAUAUUCAGAAGUUCAUGGACCCCGAAGAACUGCCUCCGGGCGUGGGUCCGCCCAUUCAAAUCACGGGCACCUUCUUGGCGAUAGUCCUCGUCGUGCUGGCAUCCGCUGGGCUGGUCUCGGUGGUGCGACAGGACCCACAGCUGGCCCGUCUCUUCUAUCUCGGCUACGUCGUCGCAGGGGGGCUGAACUUGGUCCUGGGUGCGAUCACGCUGACCUGCAUCCAAAACAGUGGGGACCCCAAGGCAAGGAACACGGUCAAAGAGCUGCUUCCGAUCGUGUUUGGGUUUUUUUACCCCACGACGUUUCUCGUCAUGGCGUGUGCCAAGCUCCACAGCGACGCGCUGCAGGGGAUGUCCACGACUGAGACGUCAGCGACGCUGCUCGCCGAGUGAAAUAAUUACGCUCUCUUCUUGGAUGUUCCACGACCAGUCCACUUGCCAUGGAGGCCCGAUCGCCACCGUGGUACUAGCCCCCCACCCUCCCGACUGCUGACAUCGCAAAAUAAUCACGACGGGCGACUUCUAUGAUGUCUGUGGCUGUUCAUGGUAUUUCGUUGGCUUUUUUUGUUAACAUUGAAAUCUUGAAUUUGGCCUUGAAGCGAUGUAUUGAACCUGACCGUCUUUUCAAGCAGAACCUCGUGUUAUGCACAGCGCCGUGAUGAAGGUGUGUGAGCUAAUAGUGUGGGUGCGAGGUUCACCUCCUCUCCCGCGCUUGUCUUCUAGCCCUUAUUGCAUAUCCACUCCUGCGCGCGCUUGGAUUAUUUUCUGUAGCUUUAUGUUGCCUUCAGAGUUUGGCUCUUGCGGCCGCCAUGAGCCAUUGUAGCAAUGGCAACAUACCGCCUGAGACUUCGCACGCGCGCGGACGUGCCAGCAGAAAUGAUCAUUCUAUUCACGAAAGACCCAGCCAGAUGCAGCUGUGUGCACAGCGUUGUGGGCACCGCUUUCCGUGAAGCUCCCUAUGGGGCCACGAAGCGUUUGCGUGGUGUUUCUCCAUUGGCGGGGAACUGCAUGGGAACCGUCCGACUGGGGCCUUCGGUGGAGUUCCCAACGAG